GCGAGAGGCAGGGCUGCCUGAUCCUCAAGCCCCUCCAGUAGAAAGGCGCCCUCUUGUCUUCGACGAAGCAGACCAAGAUGACCCCGUAGACUUUGCACCAACUGAUCAUAACAACCCCCCUCCAAACGACCAAGGUGCAGAUGAACCCACUGAGCCAGUAGUAGAGAACAAAGAAUGGGAGUCCACCGAGCAGUUCGUUUCAUGGAUCAAAAGAGCAAAGUUGAGCCAAUCUCAAACAGACGAGAUGCUCAACCUGUUCCGCGACCAGAGAAUGGACAUGAGGGAGGCGUUGGAGAUAGUCCAAUCGCAUCGAGAUGUGGACAAGUACUUGAUGCAACAGAUUGUAGGAGAGAACGCGAGGAUGAUCGACCUGUCGCGACCAGGCUUGGAUCCUGGGCCUGUGCUGCUUACGUACAAGCCUCUUCUCGAGGUUGUCAAGAAGAUGGCGGCCAAUGCCAAGGCGGUGGCGAAGAAGAAUGGGAGAGAGGGCAAGUUUGUGCUCAAGCCGGUCAUCCAAAACGUAAAGGUGAUGCAAAAGCAGAGGGAUGGUACGAUGAAGGAGGUCCUCAUCGCAGAAUAUGACCACCCGUCUACGGGCACAUGGUGGCAUAAGAUGCAGAGAGAGAUCGACGUUGAUCCCGACUUCCAAGGCUCGGAUUAUGUGGUGCUACCUAUCAUUAUCUACCUGGACAAGACCACCAUGGACGGCCUCCGUCGCGUGUCUGUGUUCCCCAUGUACGUCUCUCUCGCCAAUUUCAGCUGGGACUUCUACAACGAGAGAGGCGGUUUGGAGCUCGAUGCCUUGCUCCCACAGCCCAAGGCGGAUCCCGACUGGCCGCAACCUAACUACAAGCCCAAGUCGGACGGACACCGCGACCUGAAGCGCCACUUCAUCACCAGUUCAUUGGCGAUCGUCACGGAGGACGCCCGGAAAGCGUCGUGGAAGGGUAUCGACUUCGUGGACCCACAUGGGGUCAAGCGGAAGGGAGUCCCGCAGAUAUUCUGCAUCAGCAAAGACCUCGGGGAGGCAUCCACCAUCUCGAACGUAAAGGUCAACUACUGCGACUCCUGCCUCGUCCCCCCAGAUGAGAUGAACCGACUCGACGAAGCCCUCAGGGGAGAUUACCCCCCGCGACUGGAACCGGCGAUGCGGGUGGCCGUUAACGCCAUCCUCGACCUCAAAGAAGACCCACACGUGCCCAGGGUCCGGGUUACGGAGGAGACAAGGAAGCACGGGGUGCACCCGCAAAUGCCAUGGUUUUUCAAGUGGAAGUACGGCAAGCUUGCCUGGAAUGCUCCUUACCUCAAGAUGGUCCCAGACGAUCUGCACACUGUGUACGGGGGUGUGUUGGGGUCCCACUUCCUCAACAUCUUGGAGGCGGUCGCCAACAUACACCCGCUUGGCAAGGCCGCCUUCCUGGCCCUCAUGAACGUGCGCCUCCAUCAAAUUUACCUCCUCUACAACCCAGGGCUGCGGCUCCCAGCGAGCAAGGAGUUUUUCACCGAGCGCUACUCCGUGCCCAACUACGAAUGGAAGGCCGUCAUGCAGGUGCUGCCAAUCCUGGUGUCCGGCCUUUUCCGGACGCAGAAUGGAGUCGACACCCUCGUGGAGUGGGCAGUGGCUUUUGUUGAGUGGCUUCGUGCGAUUGCCCUCGACAACAUCGAGACUCUACGAGCGCAAAUCACGGAGGUCGUCCGGCAGAGGGGCAAGUACGACAGCGCGUUGGUCAUGGCCGACAAGGCGAAAGAGAACAAGCUUCCGCUGAGUUACCGCUUCGCAACGCUGUGGUCUAACAUGCUGGUGGACGUGACUUCGCCUCAGAAGAUGAUCUUCGACGGGCACGUCCAACGAGGUGCCUUCAUGCAACUGCUGCGGUCCCAACCCCUCUUGUCCAAACUCCCCGCCGCGCUGGGCACCUACUUCGGCGUACACGUCGGCAACGUGUCGGGCGCCGCCCUCCGCCGAUUGAACCCCAUACGCUACCUCCGCGAGAAUAACAUCGAUCCUCGGGUGCACGUCGUCUCUUCGUGCUACAUUGUUCCACACGCGGGCGGCCGCAGAAGGUUGCAAGCGGCGAGAGCUAUCCCCAGCUUUCACGGCCGCCCGGUUUUUAGCGACGUGGCUGUGACGGGGGAGAACAGCAGAACGGGGGCUAGGGAGACCUGGUACGCUCGAGUUGUGUUGUUCUUCAAAGCUUGGCACAAAGUGUUGAAGUGGGAUGAGGUUGAGCUGAAGCAGGUGUGGAAGCCUGUGGAGCAUGAGCUCGUGUUCCUUAGGUGGUUCAGGGUCACGGCCUGGACGGACGAUGUGAAGUGCGACAUUCUACAGUGGGAAGCAACUUCCCGCAGGGAGCCGAGCGUCGUCGUGGAGCCGAUAGAGUCGCUCAUAUCGGUAGAAAUGAUGCUCCCGAAGAAAGCGCAGAACAGAAACAUGGAACUAUGGUUUCGGAACAAGUAUUACAGGUAG